UUAGCUGAAGUAAUCUCCCUAAUCUCAGGAACUUUUAGUUGAGGAACUCCUGAAUCGGGUUUAUCUGGUUCCUUUCAUUUAUUCGCAGUUUAGAGGGAGGUUUCUCCUCCUUAGGGAUAUUCUUCUCUUCCUUCUGUGGUCAAAACUCUUCUAGUUUCUUUUCUUUCUUAUACUUCUUCAAAGCAUCUUCUUCUAAUUUCUGUUGUCUUUCUUCUGUUUCUUUCUGGAAGAUCUGUUGGAUUUCUUCUUUUUUGUCUUCAUGGCAAAAUUCAAAGGUUUCAGCUCAGUUCAUUUCAAACUUUUCGUAAAAUUCUUGUAGCUGGCUUGGUCUGACAUCCAAAAUAGCUAUGUACUUGUUAUUAUAAGAUCUAUGAGACCUUGUGAUGACAUCGAGCUGUUCGAAUUAUUCUUUAAGUUUUUCAUUAAGUUCUUUGUGAUGUAUAGCUUGGCUCACUUUGUUAACUUUUUGACUAAGCUCAUCCUCCUGGUCAUCGAUAAGGUUGUCCCUCUCGUCGCUCAAUUGAGCGAGAUUGACAUUGAAUUAGUGAUUGAUCUCUCUCAGGGCAUCUUUUCCUUUGUCGUAUUUAGUUGCUAAUUUCUUUAGGAAUUCCAUAAUAUUCCUACAUAUCUCAUUCAUCCCGUCAUCUGUUUCUUUUAAGUAUUUAAAGGUUUUAGCAAAGAUUUCACAAGCUUCAAGCUCUCUUCUUUCUACAUAAGGAGUUGCUUGCUCCUCUAUGAUUUUAUCGUAAGAGGUAUCCUCAUUGAUCUUUGCCUGGUUAGUAUGUAGGAAAUCUCUAAGUUUUCCAGGCAGAGUUCUCAUAUGGCUCUUCGAAUUCUUGAUUGAUGUAAAUAAGUCUUUAGCGAUUACGUCAAAUUCUUUUUGAGCCUCGUCAUUGAUCUACUCAAGAACUCCACUAGUAGUUUAUAUCUUCCUGACAGUGAUUUCGGCUGCUUGGGUAUUAUCUAUUUUCUUGAGCUAGUCCAUUCUUUUAUGAAAGACCUUUACCUGUGUUUCCUUGAGCUUUGCAAUAAGAGAAUUCUUUCUGGAAGAUUAACAAAUUCAGGAGAGUCUAUUCUAUCUUGGAAUGUCUUUAUUGCAUUCUCUUGUUUGAGAAUAUAGAACCUGAAAUUAGAAAGAUAUUUUCUCUUCCUCAACUAGCCUUUCAUAGAAUUGGUAGCUCUCUUCGUGUUCCUUCUGAUAUCAAAGUUUUUCUUUAGCUUUCCAUUCAUCGACCAAGGAAAUCACAUCUGGCUCAAGAAGGAAAGCAUGAUGCGUGAGUUCUGCCUGCAACUUAUCCUAAUAUUUUCCACUAUUUUUAAUUUGAAAAUCUUGGAGUUCCUUAAUCUCAUAAAGAGUAUGCUCAAUAUACUCGUUCCUGGCUGAUUAGUGCGAGUAGAUUUUCUCUCUUGAGCCAUUGACGACAUCUAUUUCUUUUGCCAGUAAGGAUGCAUCAUCAAUUUGGUCAAGGAUCGCUUUGACUUCGUCAUCACUUGCUUCUAUAAAGACUUGCACAUUGCUCUGGAUUAUAUUAGAUUUCUCCUUAAAGUUCUCGUAAAAUUAGUCUACAAAAUUCUGUCAUUCUUUAACUGAGUGGAGGUGGUGCUGCCUUCUGAUAUCUAUUUGGUCAAUGAGCAUUUUCUUCCCUUUCUCGGGGUUAAAAGGUUGGAGGUUGAACCCUAUUCCUUUGACUACACUCUUUUAAGCCCUCUCGAUUACUGUUCCCUUACUCUCUUUUGGCUUUUUAGUUGUCUUAGAUUGCUUAUUUUAAUUCUUCUAGUUGAUUUUUAGCUAUAAAGUUUAAAAUUGGCUGAGAAUUAUGGGUCACUCUCUGAUAUCUUCAUUAAUUCGUGUUGGACAGUUACUCUUUGCUUAGUCAAGCCGAGAGUCAGAUUAGUGGUGGCUUGGAUGCUUCUCUUAACCUCAUCGCUUUGUUGUAGCUGCUUUUACUUUGUUGAUCUAAACGUAUUC